GCGGCGGGGGAUGCGGGUGCCGGGCGCAGGAUGCUGUGGGGGGUGGGCCUGGCGGCGCCGCGCUCCUGCGUGGCGGACCUGAGCCGCAACCGCAGCCUGUCGCUGGGCUGGUGCGCGGGGCCCGAGGAGCCGCCGCCCGCCUUCUAUGGGGGCGAGAUCGUCGCCUUCCCGCUGUCGGGCGGCGGCGGCACCAUGGCGGCGCUGGGCUCCGACUCCUGGUGGAAGAAAACGCUGUACCUGACGGGCGGGGCCCUGCUGGCCGCCGCCGCGUACCUGCUCCACGAGCUGUUGGCCAUUCGGAAAGAGGAAGAGCUUGAUUCAAAAGAUGCUAUCAUACUGCAUCAGUUUUCAAGGCCUAGGAAUGGUGUUCCGAGUUUAUCGCCAUUCUGUCUGAAAAUGGAAACAUACUUGAGGAUGGCUGAUUUACCCUACCAGGUAAAUUGUGCAGUUUGCCUUUGCAUUGCAGUUUGCUGUAAUUACGUGAAAUGGGACAUAGGCAUCCCAUCUCUCUCCCCCCCCAGUCUGUCUCACACAGGGAGAUGUAAACAUACACCUACAACUGGGUGGGUACACCAACACUUUUAUAUCUCUAAGUGGUGGUGGGCUAUCUGGGGGUCACACUGCUAUAACUUAUCUUUGCAUCCUUUUAGGACUUUAGCUUAUUGCCAAUGGGUGGAAAAUCUUCACGAGACGCAAAAGAUGGUUUCUCUUUUUGGCCCCUUCAGCGACUUGCUGAAGUGGAUCUUCUGCCACCUGACCAAAGGAAUCGUGAAGCGGGAAAUGUACGGCCAUGGCAUUGGCCGCUUCUCGGAGGAGGAGAUGUACACGCUGAUGGAGAAGGACAUGCGGACUCUGGCAGGCCUCCUGGGUGACAAGAAGUACAUUAUGGGAUCAACUGUUUCCACCGUUGAUGCCACCGUCUUUGGACAUCUGGCACAGGCAAUGUGGACGCUACCAGGGACUCGACCAGAGAGACUAAUCAAAGGUGAACUGAUUAACCUUGCUAUGUAUUGUGAAAGAAUAAGGAGGAAAUUUUGGCCAGAAUGGCACCACGAUGAUGAUAACACUCUGUAUGAAUCCGAGGAAAGCAGCGAAGCAAGCAAGACUUACUCCCCUUUGCAGGACUUCAGUUUUUAUUCAAGGACAGAAACAUUUGAUGAGGAAGGGAAUAGUAUUUCCCAAACGCCUGAUACCGAUUACACUGGACACUCCCUCUUUGAUUCAGAUGUGGACAUGGAUGAGUACAGAGAUCAGGAACAAUGCAAGUGAUGUGUACAAGUGUCUCCCAUUGUGCAGAUAAGCUGUUUCUUGGGGUCAGUCUGAUUUGUUUUCUCCUUCAGGUCAGGAAGAGGUUUAUACCACUUUGGAAGAGACCAUUGUACUUGACUCAGCUGUCACGUGCUACUUGGACUAUUUCAACUGUAUUUCAUUUUGUCUUACUGUGCAGGUGGAACCAAGGUAAACACUUAUUUAAAACACACAUGGGCAAACUAGAGCUCUAGAGGACAACAGGACCUUUCCAUCUACAUUUUUGUUCGUGCUCAAAAACAGAUCCCCCAUCCAAGUGGGACAGACUUCUGGGAAGUGGAGCAUUUGUCACUACUGGUUUGUGUUAAUAUCUUAUCUUUACAGGAGUGGGUUGAGGACAUAAAUGGAAGAGGUAUGACUGGCACAGCUUUCUUCCAUGGAAGAAAAUGAUUGAUGUUUUAAUGAAAAGGCCCUGGAGGUGCUGGUUGACUGCACCUCAGUAUGAGCCAGUGGUGUGCCCUGGUGGAUCAGAUGUAACAGCAUCCUGGCUUGUAUCAGCAAUGGUGUGACCAACAGGACCAGGGCAGUGAUCGUUCCCCUGUACUCAGCACUGGU